AUGUCCUCUCACGAUUGCGAUGCUGCAUCCCGCCACCAGGCGUUUUCGCCCCUCAGUGGCCACCUCCUUCUCCCGGACGAUAACAUCUCCAAAACCUUAGCACUGCGUUCUCAAGCAAGAUUCAACGAGAUAGGCGUCCAGCACCUGAGUAGCCAUGUCCAUCAACAAAUCUUCCCCGACGGAUGCCAGCCUCCCUCCCAGGAGCUCGUCGCCUUGGCUCGGGAUCACCUACAGCGUCACGACCUCCUAGGGAAGAACACCGACAGCGGCGACCCGAUAGCCUUCGACCUCCCUGCCCUCCAGGGCCGCACCCUCGAUGAGCAUUUUCACAAGCUAGGCGUCGACUGCGCCGAACCCUUCCUCGGCCUGUCCAAAAGCGGCUGGGUAAAAUACCUUGCCGACGGCUCCUCGGAACCGGUCAGCGCCCCGCAGGAGGAUAUGCUCUGCUUUGAUACCGAAGUCAUGUGGAAAGAGAGCCCGUUUGCCGUAAUGGCAUGCGCCGCCAGCCCUACCGCCUGGUACAUGUGGCUGUCGCCAUGGCUCCUUGGCGAGUCUGAGUCGCCGCGCCAUCUAGUGCCUCUCGGAGACCCAACCAAGGAUAAAGUCAUUGUCGGCCACAAUGUAGGAUACGAUCGCGCCAGGAUACUAGAAGAGUACGAUCUCAAGCAGUCGCGCAACUCCUUCAUCGACACAAUGUCCCUUCAUGUUGCCGUCAACGGCAUGUGCUCCCAACAACGACCGACGUGGAUGAAGCACAAGAAGAACCGAGAAGUCCGAGAGCGGAUAGCGAGCCAAACCGAAGACCUUGCCCUCGCGGAACUUCUCACCAAUUCGGCCAUGCGCCACGAGGAGGAAGAGCUGUGGGUUGAGCGAAGCUCCAUCAACUCCCUGCGCGAUGUCGCCAAAUUUCACCUCAACGUCACCAUUGACAAGGCCAUACGUGAUGACUUUGGCGAACUUGACAGGGCUGGAGUGCUAGGGAAGCUCGAUGAGCUAUUAGACUACUGCGCUGCGGAUGUUGCCAUUACGCACCGCGUCUACCAAGUCGUGUUUCCCAACUUCCUCGAAACCUGCCCCCACCCCGUCAGCUUCGCCGCGCUUCGGCACCUGUCGUCCGUGAUCCUUCCGGUGAAUAAGUCGUGGGAGAAGUAUAUCGCCAGCGCAGAGGCAGAAGACGCCCAGAAGUGGUCCACCGACCCUUGGCUCAAGCAGCUGGACUGGAGCGGCCAGGAAAUCAAGAUGGUCAAGGGUAAAAAGAAGGGCGACCCGCCGAGACCCGCUGCGCGCCAAAAGAAGCCCGGCAUGCCUCGGUGGUACAAGGAUUUGUUCGCAAGCAACGAGGCCCCAAUCAAUCUCAGUGUGCGCACGCGAAUAGCGCCUCUGCUGCUCAGGUUAGCCUGGGACGGCCAUCCGCUAGUCUGGUCGGACACGUACGGGUGGACUUUUCGCGUUCAGCACAAAGAGGCGAGCAAAUACCUAAACAAGCAGAUGGUACAGUGCGACUUUUCCGAGGAGAAGAUAGAGGCCCUCAGGAACGAUAUCGACGGCAUCUACUUCAAGCUCCCACACAAGGAUGGGCCAACGGCUCGGUGCGCGAAUCCUCUGGCGAAAGGCUAUCUUAAUUACUUUGAAACUGGCACUCUGUCGUCCGAAUACACGUAUGCGAAGGAGGCCCUCGAGAUGAACGCCUCUUGCUCGUACUGGAUAAGCGCCCGCGACCGCAUCAGAUCGCAGAUGGUCGUCUACCAAAGCGACUUCGAGGGCUACGGGGCUAAGCAUGCCCAGGAGGACGAAUACGGCUUUAUUCUACCUCAAAUCAUCCCGAUGGGCACCAUCACCCGGCGGGCCGUGGAAAAUACAUGGCUCACGGCAAGCAACGCGAAGAAGAAUAGGGUGGGCUCCGAGCUGAAAGCCAUGGUCAAGGCCCCGCCCGGAUACAGCUUUGUCGCUGCGGGUACGGAUCUUCAUUCGCGCACGGCCAGCAUUCUUGGCAUCUCGCGGAACGACGCCAAAGUUUUCAACUACGGCCGCAUCUACGGAGCCGGUCUCAAGUUUGCGGCCACGCUGCUCCGCCAGUUCAACCCCUCCCUAUCGGAGCAAGAGACGGUCGAGAUCGCCUCGAAACUGUACGCCACCACCAAGGGUACCAGGACGAAUCGAAAGGUGCUCUACAAGCGCCCGUUCUGGCGCGGCGGCACCGAGUCCUUUGUGUUCAAUGCCCUCGAAGAAUUUGCCGAGCAGGAGCGGCCCCGUACCCCUGUGCUCGGCGCCGGCAUAACCGAAGCGCUGAUGAGCAGAUAUAUCAACAAGGGCGGCUAUUUGACCUCGCGCAUCAACUGGGCCAUUCAGUCGUCCGGUCAAGACUAUCUCCACCUAUUGGUUGUGUCGAUGGACUACCUCACGCGGCGGUACAACAUUGAUGCCCGGCUCGCCAUUACCGUCCACGACGAAAUCCGCUACCUCGUCAAGGAUCACGACCGUUACCGGGCGGCCAUGGCGUUGCAAGUCGCCAAUCUCUGGACCCGUGCCAUGUUCUCGCAGCAGAUUGGCAUCAACGACCUUCCGCAGUCGGUCGCCUUCUUCUCGGCCGUGGACAUUGAUCAUGUGCUACGGAAGGAAGUGGACAUGGACUGCGUCACCCCGAGCCACGCCGACCCGAUCCCCCACGGAGAGAGCAUCGACAUCGUCCGGCUGCUCGAAAAGGGGCCCGAGGCGUUGCUCGACCCCGCCAUCGUCCCGGAACGGCACGCGCCGAAGCUUGACGGCAUCGCCUACGCGCCGCGUGCACCCGUCAUGGGCUCCCUACAAAAGGAUGUCAAGGAUCCCGUGGCGUUUAUCAAGGCCCAGAUCACGGCGGACGACGACGAACUCAAGGGCCUCGUCAAGGCCCAGAAGAAACCUCCGACUCCGGCCUCUUCCGGCGGGCGGCGGGGCAGGCCUGUCUCGCUCAAGGGCGUGCUGCCGUACUAUUCGCAGGCCAAGCUGAUGCCUACCGAUGAGCCUAUCUCGGUCGGCGAGGCGAUGGGCGCGAGGUACAAGAACGCGUAUCAGAAGGGAAAGCCAGAGUGGUCGAGGGGGCCCAAGAAGUCGACCUCAACUCAUGCGUAUGCGUGGGACCUCUAG